GUCCCGUUCCGAACACUCACGAGCGCCACCCCAGCGACCGAGCGCGGCGGCGCGGAUGGACCCGGAGGCGGCGACGGAGCUGGUUCGGAAGGGCGCCACCUUCCUCCUCCUGGACGUCCCCCAGCGCACCCUCAUCGGAAUCGACACCCAGGUGUUCUCCGUUGGUCCCAAGUUCAAAGGCAUCAAAAUGGUGCCUCCGGGGCCGCAUUUCGUCUACUACUGCUCCUCCAGCAGGCACGGGAAUGAGUUUGCACCUACUGUUGGAUUCUUUCUUACUACUCAACCGUCUGAGGUGAUUGUUCGAAAGUGGGAUGCACAAGAUGAAAGGUUAAUCAAACUGUCAGAAGAGGAGGAAAUCAGAUACUCAGAAGCAGUAAGACGUUUUGAGUUUGAUGAUCAGCUUGGACCAUACAAUUUGGAUUCUUUUGGAGACUGGAAACAACUUUCAACCUACUUGUCACAGAACAUCAUUGAACGACUUGAACUAAUUGGAGGGGAAGUUACAAUUGCAUGGGAGUCAUCAUGGAUGGAUAAAGCACCCCAAAGUGACACGGAGAGAUGCUUGAUGGAACAACUAAGAGAAGGCAAGUUUGCAAAGAACGCUCAUGUGCAGUCUGAGCGGAGAGGAUGCUACUACACAAGUAUCCCUGCUUCGGUUAAGCAUGAGAACAUCUCCAGGGAUGAGCUGACGGCACUGAAUUUGGACAAAACAAGCUUGCCGGAGAGUGUUUUGGCCAAAAAAUAUCAAGGCCAAGAAGAUUUACUCUCGGGGGAGCUGCAGUUCGCUUUCAUAGCUUUUAUGUCACUAGAGGCCUUUAUGCAGUGGAAAGCAUUGGUCAGUCUUCUUUUGAGCUGUUGUGACGCUCCGCAUCAUAAAAGGACUAACAUGUUCGUAAAGUUUAUCAGGACAUUUUACUAUCAACUCAAGGAUGGCUUUAAACGUACACAAGAUUCCAGGAGCAGUGGGGAUAUGGGCAACUCUCUGUUUUUGGAUGAAGCGUGGUUUUCAAGAGACGUAUUCCUGUACCGCCUUUCUAAGGAUUUGUUUACAGUGGUACUUGAAGCCCCCGUCAUGGAUGGAGACCUUCUAUCAUGGGCUAGAGAACUUAAAACGCUUCUGGAGGCCACGUUUGGAUGGGACCUUGAGAACAAUGCAGUGAACCUUAUUGAUGAAGAUGACGAGUUUGCUCCUGUGGUUGUUGAAAUGGACGGGUCAUAGACUAGUGAAGUCGCAUUCCAUGAAAUCUCUCGAGGAUAUGGUACACCUGCAGCUGACUACUUGAUUGACGAUGGAGAUACGUAGGAUCCUCUCUUAAGUGGUCCGGUGGUAUCCUAGUGUCUGAAGUGUUUGGCCUGUAUAUAUAUAUGAAGAGCUUGAAUUUUGUAGCUGCAUCAGCGACAAUGUAUCUUGGAUCUUGGUUGUACUAUGUAGCAUGUGCUAUUGUAUAUUAUGCGUAGUAUGAAUACAAAGGUAAUGGUCUUCUUCCUUGUGUGAGAGCAUGAAAAUACCUGUUAAGGCAAUGUUUUUCUUUAUCGAACAAGCAAAAAGUUCAACGCAAUACUUACACUUUUCAUAGAAGUAUAAUCCCUGCAGUGCCAUUCGUGUUA